CCGCUCCGCACAGCUUGAGGAGUGGGCCGACUCCUUGGAGCCCGUUCCCACCGCGUGUCCCGCGCCCCUCGAGCGGCCCGCGGAGCCGGGAAAGGCCACGGAGCAGCCGGGCAGGUCCCUGUGGGAGCGGAUCUGCGAAGCAAGUAUUCUGUGGGAGUAUGAUGGUGAGCACAAACAGAACCCGGCCCUGAGAGCAGCCUCUAGGGCUGAGAGCAGCCUCACCACCAGCCAGAAAGGAGAUGGGGACCCAGACCUACAGACACUGAGUCCUGCCAACAACCAUCGAGCUCGCAGAGGACUCCAGCCCCCGGAUGCGGUCACAGCCAUGGCCCACACCUUGGUUUCAGCCUCAUGAGACCCACACCCAGACUCCUGACCCACAGGAACUGAGAUAAUAAAUCUGUGUUGUUUUAAAGUAUGAAGCGGAGCUGCCCCCCUUUCCAGAGGAGUACAGAAUCCAGCCAGACGCCAGGAUUUCCGUUUCACCAAUGGAAGAAAGCCUUUUCCGUGGCUUCAGUGCAGAGCACCGUUACCCAUUUCCUCAUUGGGCCACAGACUCACACAUACCUUGCACUCAAAUCAAAUCAGAAACAACUGAUCCCAAAACCUGUCCCCCCAAAGAAUAUUUGGAAACAUUCAUCUUUCCAGUUCUACUUCCCGGUAUAGCGAGCCUGCUUCACCAGGCAAAGAAAGAAAAAUGUUUUGAGAGGAAAAGGACCAAGUUCAUUGCCUGUGAUUUUCUGACUGAGUGGUUAUACAACCAAAAUCCAAAGAGGACAGGGGAGCCGUUCACAGAUUUCUUCUCCAUUCCCUUCGUGGAGCAGUGGCUGAAGCAACACCCACGGCCGCCCAUCCCACUGUCCCUGCUGCUGACAGAAGAGGAGGCGGCGCUGAGCAUCCAGUCCUUCUGGAGAGCCUACGUGGUUCGCUGUGAUCCUGAGAUCCAGGAGCUGCGUCAGUGGCAGAAGAAGCUGCGCGAGGACAAGCACAUCCGCGAGCGGGUCAGACUCUUCUGGGCCAAGCAAGAGCAGAAAGUGAAGCAAACCAUGGAGGAGCAGGAGGCGGCGAAGGAGGAAGAGGCUGCUGUCGUCCCGACCUGCGGUCCUUGACCUUCCUUCUGAGCACCAGGAACCAGGUUCAGGCAGAGCCCAGUUAUGCUUCCUCUGUUGGUGUUUCUUUACCAACUAGAUUUAACAGCUAGAAAACGUAAAACAGCGCUUGCAAAUGCAAGUAAUUCUUGCUUUACUAGUCUUUCUGCAUUAUCCCUAAAUGUUAUUCUUUCAGCCACCUAUCUCCUCAGCGCCUCACUGUUCUGCACCAUCGUCUUUAAAACGUACAACACACUCCAGCUGCAGGCAGUAAAGUGUCCUGUUUCCCGUGUCCCACUUUGGCUGCCUGGCAAAGAGCCAUAUUUAAAUAUAAUUCCUGACCCCACGUGGUCGUUUAUCUGGCACAUGCUCUCCACAGGAGCUGGCCCUUACCUCCCACCACCGAGAUGAGUCAGGCCCGGCAGGUGGCCCGUGGUGCGGCCCCACACCGGCAAGCUCCUCACGUAGUGGGCAAGCUGGAGUAUGACCCUCAUUUGGCCAUUAACCAGGAUUUUCCCAUUCACAGAGCCACAGGCAGCCUUGGGGCUGUACUGGGUUGUUUGACAAGCUACCACACAUCUUAUGUAAAUAGUCAAGCCUUUAUUUUUGUGUUAAGAAUAGCAUUUUGAAAAUAAAAUCCAUCUGCUGAUGCUUUACAACCUUU